GAAAGCGAGUUUUCCUCAUGGCUGAAACAUGCAUAUCAAUGGAGGCUGUACGGUCCAAGCAUAUCAGCGCGUUGAGCAGCUUCUGUCCAUAUGGUAUGCGCAACUUCGCAGCGACUUCGCAGGACGCUUCGGGCAAGAAGGGGCCUACACACGUGGUCGGGGAUGGUGCAGUAUGCACAACGAUUCUCCACCAUGAGAGUGCGGACCUUGCACGUA